AUGUCUUACCUCUUGCCACAUCUUCACAAUGGCUGGCAAGUGGACCAAGCCAUUUUGUCAGAAGAAGAUCGAGUUGUUCUAAUUCGAUUCGGCCAUGACUGGGAUCCCGCUUGUAUGGUUAUGGAUGAAGUAAGUUAUUGCUCUAUUUUGAUGUUUUUAGUUUGUUUUUAUACGGCAACCUUAGAGUUGUGUGUCUGGUGGCUUUUCACAAUGAACAUAUAUAGAUUAAAAAGCUUUUACAUUCCGUUUUUCAGACGUUGCACAAAAUUCAAAACCUGGUUAAGAACUUUGCGGUUAUCUAUUUGGUUGACACCACAGAGACCCCCGAUUUCAACACGAUGUACGAGUUGUACGAUCCGUGCACGGUCAUGUUCUUUUUUAGGAACAAACACAUAAUGGUGGAUUUGGGGACGGGUAACAACAACAAAAUCAAUUGGCCAAUGGAAGAAGCCCAGGAGAUGAUCGAUAUUGUGGAAACAGUGUACAGAGGAGCAAGAAAAGGUCGUGGUUUGGUUGUAUCGCCCAGAGAUUACAGUACGAAAUACAAGUACUAA